AUGGUUCGUUGCGCGGUGGAAGAACGGAGUUUUACGCUGUUCCGCAGGAACUGGCAGCCCACCCUCACCUACUGGAGCGCGUUCUUCAGCUUCGGCCUGUGCCUGGCACUGCUCGGCCCGACAGUGCUGGACCUGCGCUGCCAGACCCAUGCCAGCCUGCAGCAGGUCACCCUGCCCUUCUUCUCUCAGCAGUUUUGCUUGUUCGUGGGCAGCUUCGUGGGUGGUUUCUUCAGCAAGUCAAUUUGCUGCUCGCUGUCGGCCCUCGCCGCUUCCACCUUCAUCAUAUCUGCGGUGUUCGCCUUCAUCCCGCUAUGCAGCAAUUUGCUGAUGUUAAUCACUGCCAUGGCUGUAACAGGAUUAGCCAUGGGCAUCAUUGACACCAUCUCCAACCUGCAGCUGGUGAAGCUCUACCAGAGGGACUCCACUGUGUUUCUGCAGGCUCUUCACUUCUUUAUAGGUUUGGGAGCACUGCUGAGCCCGCUCAUUGCCGACCCCUUUCUGUCUGAGACUGACUGCAUCAUAGGAAACUCCACCGUCAACACGUCAGUACCCAUCAGGCAUCUGAGGAACAAAAUAGCUGGCAAACAUUUUCACAAUGUGUCCCACAUUUCCCUCAAUACCAAAGGGGAGGUGGUCACCAAUGUCUCGUAUGCCUUCUGGAUCAUGGCAAUUGUCAAUCUGCCUGUCCCCAUAGCCGUGUUGGUCCUCAUGUAUCGGGAACGAGUGCUGCCGUGUUUCUCAGAACGCAGUCCUCGUCUGUUGGAGGAGGACAGUCGUAUGGGAUCAGUGAAGAAACAGAGUGCAGAGCAGGUUGACAUGAAGUUAUCUGAGUGUCACAAACCUAACAGUGGUCAUCGGAAACUGCUGGACUGCUGUCGCCUCCGAAAGUUGAAGGAACUUCCCCUCUCUUUCUAUGGACUACAUAUUUUUGGAGGGAUGGUGCUUUUCUUCUCAGAUGGCAUAGUGGGCUCUUACACAGGCUUCAUUUACACCUAUGCAGUGAAUCCACCACUAAGCCUGUCUCACAAAACGGCGGGCUACCUGACCAGCGUGUUCUGGGCGGCCAUCACGGUGGGACGUCUGGUCUCCAUACCCUUGUCUUACAACGUUAAACCUGUCCGCCUGCUCAUAUUUAAUCAGGUUGGUGUGAUAGUGACCCAACUCCUUCUACUCAUCUUCUACACGAGCAGCGUGUUUCUGUUCAUUGGCACCUGCUUGUUGGGUUUGUUUAUCAGCAGUAUCUUCCCCUGCAUGCUGGGUUUCACAGAAGACAUCCUUGACUACAAAGGUUGUGCUACUACAGUCCUUGUGACUUGUGCUGGAAUGGGGGAGAUGCUUCUGCAGUUACUGGUAGGAUUGGUUAUUAACACUCAUGGCAGUUACAGUUUCAUGAUGUGUGGCAUGAUCUUCGGCUGCCUGGGCUUCACUCUCUUCCUGGCACUGCUUUCAGUUCAUCAUAGGCAUAAAAAGUACAUGGAAGCCGCCUCCAGUGGGAUCCCUGCGACAGAAAAGCAUGAUGGGAAUGAAACUAAUCACUGAUGGUGGUACAGCUAAAGUUUGCAGCUUGAGACCGGAGAAGACGAGCCUGGAUCGUAUUCAUUUGUCUGAAUGCUGGAUCUAAUAUAACUGUAGAUAUACAGAGACCACUGGUCGUGUUUACAUGAAUUAAAUGUGAGACUGAGCCUGGGGCUUCAGCUUCCAAAUUCUGCUGGCUUCAGCAAAAGGAAAUAAACAUGUACAUCUUCCCUCUUGUUUUCACAUGUUUGGGCUGUGAGCUAAGCUAGAACUUAUAUAAGAUUGAACUAUUAGACAGAUCUACAGUGUCACAUUCUGCUACUGAUUUCUGAUUCACGGAUCAUUAAACGGUUUAAAUGAACACAUAAUGUCUUCAUGAUUACUGUUUAAUU